AAUCCAGCGGAGAGAAUGUGGCAUUCAGGGAGAGGAGGGAAAAGCCAGAGGAGCGGUCGCAGGCGGAGGGUCGUAGAAAGUACCAAAGUCCGAAACACACACGAAAGUCUCGUGUUUUUCCUGCGUGGGGGUGAAAUUUUGAUCUGAUGCUGGUAGGAGUUUAUAAAAACGUUUGGAAACGGGACUUUUUUGGAAUAUUUCUGCACGGAAUUAAGGUUUCCUUGGAUUUUCCUACAAACUGCCACCGAGGUCCCUUAAAUUUGAGGGAUUAAAAGUUUUUUUGGCUGCUUGUUGAACAAACGGCGUCCACUCCCCGCUGACCCUGGAAAUACCAACUCCCCAAAAUACCGAGUGAAGGAGCGGGAAAUUAAGCUGCAGACGAGACUUUUCUUGUAUCUCUUCAUGCUCAGAGGAAAUCCCACUGUUCAUUUGAACUCUGCUCCCUGGCUGUCAGCUGAGCAUCAGACAGAGGAAGUGGAGGUCUCACCUGAGGCAGGUCCACAUCUCCAGCGCUCAGCAUGAGGCUCUGAGGAGGCGGCGGGAUUUUCUGUAAAGCUGGUUGGAUUUUGAUGAGGAGGAGGAGGGAGCAUGGGGAAGGAGCAGGACCUGCUGCAGGCGGUGAAGAGCGGAGACCUGCUGUCCACUCAGAAGCUGCUGUCUAAACUGAAGAGCAACAGGAACAAGCUGCUGGGCUCCACGAAGAGGCUGAAUGUGAACUACCAGGACUCAGAUGGGUUCUCGGCGCUGCACCACGCUGCCCUCACGGGGACCACCGAGCUGCUGUCGGCGCUGAUGGAGGCUCAGGCCACCGUGGACAUCAAGGACAGCAACGGAAUGCGUCCGCUGCACUACGCGGCCUGGCAGGGAAAAGCCGAAUCCGUCCUGAUGCUGCUUCGCUCCGGAGCGUCUGUCAACGGCGCCUCACUUGACGGUCACAUCCCUCUGCACCUGGCCGCUCAGUACGGCCACUAUGAAGUGUCUGAGAUGUUGCUGCAGCAUCAGUCAAACCCGUGUCUGGUCAACAAGGCCAAGAAGACUCCUCUGGAUCUGGCCUGUGAGUUUGGACGAGUCAAGGUGGCCCAGCUGCUGCUGAGCAGUAACAUGGUGGUGGCGCUGCUGGAAGGCGAGAGGAAGGAGCCCACGGAUUCGGCCUUCACCACGCCGCUGCAUCUCGCCGCUCGCAACGGACACAAAGACAUCAUACGGCUGCUGCUGAAGGCUGGCAUGGACAUCAACAAGACCACCAAGUCUGGGACUGCUCUGCACGAAGCUUCGCUGUACGGAAAAACCGAAGUGGUCCGACUCCUGCUGGACGCUGGAGUGGACGUGAACAUCCGAAACACCUACAACCAGACGGCGCUGGACAUCGUCAACCAGUUCACCACCUCCCACGCCAGCAGGGACAUCAAGCAGCUGCUCCGAGAUGCGACAGGUGUUUUGCAGGUCAGAGCUCUGAAGGAUUACUGGAACCUCCACGAUCCCACCGCCCUCAACAUCCGGGCCGGAGACCUGAUCACGGUGUUGGAGCAGCACGUGGACGGACGCUGGAAAGGCCACAUCCACGACAGCCAGAGAGGCGUGGACCGAGUGGGCUUCUUCCCCCCGACCAUCGUGGAGGUCAUCAGCAGGAGGAACGGGGGCACCCUGUCCCGGCACGCCUCUCUGCCCACCCAGCGCCAGCAGCUGCUGUCCAGAGCCCCCCUCUCCUCCAGCCUCAGCUCCGCCCCUCAGACCGACGACUCCUACACUCUGUACGCACCCCCCACCCACGUGGUGCUGCCGCUGGCCAACGGCCUAACGACCAGCACAGCUGGAGACAGAAACAGCGUCGGGAGCACCGGCAGCGUGGGCAGCACCCGCAGCGCCGGCAGCGGGCAGAGCACCGAGAGCAGCCACGCCCCCAAUGGACUACAGCAUCACACCAGUCACCAUGACAGCAAGGCGGCGCCCUCUGCUGUCGAGCCGGGACAGCCUGCAGACCUCAGCAGGCCGGCCGAACACCCUGCAGGCGGGACUCCUCGGAGGCAGACGGUGACGGUGCAGAGACCUGCAGAGCAGAGCUUCUCCCAGCAGUUUGUUCGUCCUCAGCAGCUGCUGGAGGGGAAGGAUACAGAGGCCAUCUAUCAGUGGCUGAGCGAGUUCCAGCUGGAGCAGUACACCGGAAACUUCCUGAGCGCGGGAUACGACGUACCGACCAUCAGCAGGAUGACUCCUGAGGAUCUCACCGCCAUCGGCGUGACCAAACCAGGACACCGCAAGAAAAUCUCCAUGGAGAUCAACAACCUGAACAUCCCUGAUUGGCUGCCAGAGUACAUCCCAUCUGAUCUCGGUGAGUGGCUCAGUGCCAUCGGCCUCCCGCAGUACCACAAAAAACUCUCUGAAAAUGGCUACGACUCCAUCAGCAUCGUCAAGGACCUCACCUGGGAGGAUCUACAGGAGAUCGGCAUCACCAAGCUGGGCCACCAGAAGAAGCUGAUGUUGGCGGUGAAGAAGCUGUGUGACAUCCAGAGGGCGAUCUUUCAGGCCGAAUUAGGCCAAGGCACACUGCGACGCAAAGGUCCAGGAGCCCUUCAUCUGGUCGCCAUUGAGUCGGCCGAUGCUGGCGGUGAAUGUUCUUCACCUCACACCCCAAAAAUGCUGACCUUCCAGGACAGCGAGCUGAGCGCCGAGCUGCAGACAGCGAUGUCAAGCCACUACGGAGGCUGCGAGGAAGGUUUGGCCAUCAAGAACGCAGUGGGAAUGUCCCAGAGCCAGGAGAGCAUCGACACCCGGUCCAGAGGUUCCGGACGCUCCCAGGAGCCUCCUACAGCCUCCAUCACCCCCCAGAGCUGGUCCCAAGAGAGCCUGGAAGGCAGCCCCGCCAAGGAGAGGAACCUCCCCGAGGGGUGGGACCAGAGACCCUUGCAGCAGCAACCGCUGCCCAAACAGGUUCCUCUGGGUACGGCCACUGUGUUCAAGUACCCAGCCAUCCCAGCAAAGCCCAAACUACCUGGAUCUCGAGGCUCCUCCCCUCAUGGCUCCCCGGCACUGAAGGGUUUCAGCUACCUGCAUUCUCAGUGUGGUUCCACAGACCUGAACUUAUCUCCUAGGCCCGACAACCACACAAUGACCCUGACACCCCCCAACAAGCGCACCCAGAGCAUGACCCGCUACGCUUUGUCGGACGGAGAGCCUGAUGACGAUGACGAUGAGCUGAUGCGUCCUCCUGGGAACGUGCCGUUAUAUGCCACUUUGACACGCAAGCCCGGCCGCAGUCAGCUGGCUCGAUUGCAGUCGACCCCAGACAAAAAUGGUAAUGUGGGACGCAGUCAGUCGUUUGCGGUCCGUGCCCGGAAAAAAGGUCCCCCUCCUCCUCCUCCAAAGAGACUGAGCUCUGUGAGCAGCACCACCAGCAGUGAGCUGAGCGACAGCAGCACGACUUCAUCUUCUGGUGGCGUGGUGACUGACAGUCCAGGCAGCGUGCGGAGCAUUGCAGCUUCUUUGGAAGGGGGUGCAGAGGGGAAGAGCAUCUCAGGGUCUAAACCAGAUAUUGUGCGGCAGGAGCCUCCAUCUCCCACCCUCAGCUCUGAGGCUGCAGGGAUAAGAAGGAGGGUGCAGAGCCAGUGUGUUCCCUCUGAGGCCGAUGGCAACAUUGAGUUAGACCGAGGGGUGAAAUCAGACUCAGAGGAAGAAGAGUCAAAAGGUCAUGGACUGGAAGGCUCCUCGUCCCCUCAAAACAGCUCCAGUGAGUGUAUCCCUUUUGCAGAAGAGGGCAACCUGACUAUCAAACAGAGGCCCAAAGCUCCAGGGCCACCCAGGGCCGAGGCUGUGCUGGAGCCUCCGGAUAAACCUGCAGCCAAGAAUCUGGAGGUGCCGGAGUUUAAUCUGAAGGAGUCGGACACAGUGAAGCGCCGACACAAACCCAAAGACAAGGAGCAGGGAGGAGAGUCCCCCAGCAGAGAGGGAGCAGGGACCACCGGAUCUGAGUCCGGCAGCAGUAGACCCCUAUCCCAGAGCCAGGAUGUUAAUCUGAGAAUCAGUGAGACCAGUCUGGAGAGGCCAGCCAGUCCAACAACAGGUUCCCCCAUUAAACCUCCUGUCUCCCCAAAACCUGCUGUUGCACCAAAACCUGUCAGACACAGUCUGCUGGCUGCACAGGGUCUCUCCUCUCCUACUCUGACCGUCAGUGUGGUUCAAAGUGUGGCCUUCGCCUCUCCAUCCUCACCCACCCACGGGCCUCCAGCUCCAGCUGUGAUCCCAGCCACUCAGGCCCCUCAGAGCCCCUCUCUAACAGCUGCGAGGCCUCACACAUCUGUAGUUAGUCCAGGUCUUCACCCUGAAUCCUCUGUGGGGAUGGAGGUGGCUCAGCAGAGACUGGAUCAGACCAGCACGUCUCUGGCAGCAGCUCUAAAGGAUGUCGAGAGUAAACUCAAUGUGGAGAACAGCUCUGACAGCAGAGCGAACACAGUGAAGUCUGCAGGAACCAUUUUGGAUGACAUUGGCAACAUGUUCGAUGACCUGGCCGACCAGCUGGACGCCAUGUUGGACUGAAAUAAAUAAAGUCUGUCGUAAACCUCAGGAAGUGACACAUGGAAUUAAAAAAAGGCUGAUCAAUGGAGGGAUUUUAACCUGCCCAGUGGGAGGAGCUACUGUCUCAGCCUGAACACCAGCACUUAAUCCCCGCGGUGCAAACAGAGUCCGUUAGUUUCUAACCGACAGCUGCGUCCGGUUUGUGUUUGCAGGCCGGCCCGGAUCACUUUGUGUCUUUACAAAGAUGAACUAAGCAAAGAUGCAAAUGUUGGAGCGACCGACUGCAAGGAGAAGCUCCUGAGCUGAUUAUUGUAUUACUGUUAAACACUAAUACUGUAACAUGAAUUUUGAUGUUUCUGACAUUAAAGGACACCAAAGUCCUGCCAUCAUCUUCAGUUCAGCUUCUGUUCCAGCAGGUUCCUGAUGAAAGACUUACUUCAGACCAUAAUACUGGUUUUAAACCAGAAUAAUUCAUAUUUGUGCAUUAACAGUGAAUUAUGACUGCAUGUAUGUAAAGAGUGGAGUUUAUGGUUGGCCAAAACAGCACCGUCUGACUGGAAGUCCAAACUCAGAUAUGUAAGAGAAGCUCCGGUGGGCGGAGACCAGAAACCGACUCAUUCAUUCAGUGGCCUUCUGUUAACCUGAGGACCGUACAGAGCAGUCAUUUCCAAACCAAGCACCAGCAUCAGAGGCUCCGAAACAGGGAAAAAACUGUGGACUGUGUAUUUCUGAAGGGAAGCUGAUUGCACUGUAAAGCACUUCUACAGUGCCCUCAAAUUGUCACCAUUUCUGAAGCUUUUUGGCCUCUUUGAGCUCCUAGUUUUGCUCUGUAGAACAUUUUGUGUCUGACUCCAGAUCAGUGUUUCCAGUAGCCGUACAGAAGACUAAAAAGCAUCAAACUACCUGCUCAGCAGUGUUUCCCUCCGGUGCUGGAGACCAAAAAUGGAGCUGAAAGAGAGUAAGGAGAAGGUGGAUAGUCAAGAUGUACCACCGCCAAAUCAAAUGUUCAUGUGACCCUUCAAAUAUCACUUUAUAUGCAUGCAGAGCAAAUUUUCUGCUAAUUUUAUUUGGCUGUGGUCAAAACGCACUAACCUGUGAGUGGUGUUUUUACCUGAACUUCUGUGAUCAUCAUUCUCAGUUUACCUGCUGCUGGAACAAAACCUGGAUGGACUUGUUUCUGUUGAACUCUUUUUUACAGUGUCUGAUCAUUUCAAAUUUUACCUUUGUAAUAUUUAAAAAUAUCUAUUUUAUACAAAUUUUUACCGUGUAUAAUAAGUUCCCAUGUCUGCGAUGGUAAAAAAAUGACCUUUUUUUUUUUUACUUGUAUGUGUGUUUAUGAAGCUCCAGCAAACCUGUAAAAGUGCUUCAUCGUGUUUGUACAAAGGGAAGAGAAGCAUGUUAAGCUCAUUUCAUGUGUGGACUCUGUGUACAGCUGAACACAGCCGAUGACACACAUACUUGCUAUUUUUUGAUAUUAUUUUAGUCAAAUUAGUAUUUAAAUUAGAGUUAUCUAAAUAUGUAUAUUGUACACUAGUAGAGGUAUAUACAGGAGCACAUAUCCAACCAAAGGUCUGUACAGAUUUUCAAACAUUUCCUUUAAAAGAAAAUGAGAGAAAUUUGGAGCUGUUACCCUCGUGGUUAUUGUAAGAUGUUUAUGAAAUGUUAUUUUUGUGUCCAGCCUGCAGCGUAUGGAUAAAACCUCCAUAUUUAGCAUGUCAUAGCUCGAUCUGAAUGUUUGUGUUUAUGCUGGUGUGUCUGUUGUUGUCCUGUGAUCCUUGUGUGAAUGAGAAACUCUGCCUUGGAUUUGUGAUUCUCAGGAAAAUCCCUGAAUACGUCGGCUCCUCCGUGUUAUCCUGCUCCCAGUGUGGAAUAUUUAAAAUGCCACACUCAUAUUUCCAUUUCAGGUGACCAAGCAGAUGGCAGGAUUAGCACUUUUUUGGUAACUAAAGGUGAAGGAAAAAAGAUCAACAGUUUCAUGAAUUUAUACCUAUUUGUACAUCUGACAAGAUUAAACUUUGGCUCUGUGAUAAAAAUUCAUCAAAGUAAUGCUCAUGCUCUAACUGGGUUGCUGGCGAAUCCUCUAUUCAGGGCCAGUAACAAGUUUUUAAAGUGGUGUUUGAUGUUUUUACAUAGCCAUUUAUUAAAACACCCAGGCACUAACAUCAUUAGGCAAAUAGGCAGAUUUAUAUAUAAAGUGGGAUAUCAUCAGCAUAGCAGGUAAUGCAGCCAUAGUGUCAGAUAAUCAAUUGCAAAGGGAGAAUAAAAGAGGACCCAGGAUGGUUCCCUGAGGAAUUCCACAUAUUAACGAUGGGCUGAUGUAUACAACAAAUGCAGGACAUCAUUAUGAUAGUCACCUUUUUUCUUUUAUCAAGCAUUUUAAAUCUUUCAUAGAACUCUCUAUUGUCUGUUACUUUUUAUACAAGAGAUUAAAAAAUAUUAAUUUACCCUUUUUUUUUUUUUUUUUUUACAAAGCCAAGUUGGAAAAACAGAAUCGAAAAAACAUGAAAACAAUCUCCAAAUAUAGUAAAUGCUUAAAGGGUCAGAAUGUAUUGUGUAGUGGAGCUGGAUGUGUGUGUGCUGCUGCUUUUUUGGAAUAUUCCUUUGUAAAAUUGUUUAACCAUUAAAUAUACAUGUC